GAGAGGCCGGCGGAGCCCCGCUCGAGCGGCCCGGCGCUGCGCCGGGCGGCAUGCGGGCGGCAUGGCCAAGCCGCUGCUGAAGCUGCAGCGGUUUUUCCGGCGCAAACCCGUGCGCUUCUUCACGCUGCUGGCGCUCUACGCGGCGGCGGGCAGCCUGCUCUUCCUGCACGCCGGCGAGCCCCCCGAGCCGCCCGGCCCCGCGGCCGCCCUGCCGCCGCCGCCGCCGCCCGCCCGCGCCGGCCCCGCGGCCGCCCGGCGCGCCGCACCCUGGUUCAAAGGCGCCUCCAAGGAGGCGGCGGAGCGGAGGCGGCCGGGGGGCGCCGGCGGGGCGCAGGGCCGGCCGCUCGGCCCCCGGGCCGCCCGCGAGACGGAGGAGGACCGAGCGAAGUACAUCGGCUGCUACGUGGACAGCACGCGCCGGCGGACGCUCCGCGGCGUCUCCUUCUUCGACUACAAGAAGAUGACAGUCUUCCGUUGCCAGGACAACUGUGCCGAGCGGGGCUACCUGUACGCGGGGCUGGAGUUCGGCGCCGAGUGCUACUGCGGCCACAAGAUCCAGGCCGCGAACGUGAGCGAGGCCGAGUGCAGCAUGGAGUGCAAGGGUGAGCGCGGCAACAUGUGCGGCGGCGCGAACCGCCUCUCCAUCUACCGCCUGGAGCUGGCCCAGGAGUCCGUCCGCAGGUACGGCAGCGCGAUAUUCCGGGGCUGCUUCCGCCGGCCGGACAACGUCUCCGUCGCGCUGCCCGCCAGCCAGACGAUGCUCAACAUGUCCGUGGACAAGUGCGUCGACUUCUGCACCGAGAAGGAGUACCCGCUGUCGGCGCUGGCCGGGACCUCGUGCCACUGCGGCUUCCCCACGAGGCUCUUCACCCUGCACGAGCGCGAGGAUGAGCAGCUCUGCGCCCAGCGCUGCGCCGGCGAGGAGUACGAGAGCUGCGGCACCGCCGACUACUUCCUCGUCUACCAGACCCAGGUGCAAGACAACCGCUGCAUGGACCGCAGGUUCCUGCCGGCCCGCUCGCGGCGCGCCGUGGCGCUCGCCAGCUUCCCCGGCGCCGGCAACACGUGGGCCCGGCACCUCAUCGAGCUCGCCACCGGCUUCUACACCGGCAGCUACUACUUCGACGGCUCCCUCUACAACAAGGGGUUCAAGGGCGAGCGGGACCACUGGCGGAGCGGGCGGACGAUCUGCGUCAAAACGCACGAGAGCGGCCGGAGGGAGAUCGAGUCCUUCGACGCCGCCAUCCUGCUCGUCCGCAACCCCUACAAGGCGCUCAUGGCCGAGUUCAACCGCAAGUACGGCGGGCACGUCGGCUUCGCCUCCCACGCGCACUGGAAGGGCAGAGAGUGGCCGGAGUUCGUGCGGACCUACGCGCCGUGGUGGGCCGCCCACACGCUGGACUGGCUGCGCUUCGGCAGGAACGUGCUCGUGGUGCACUUCGAGGACCUCAAGCGGGACCUCUUCGUGCAGCUCAAGCGCAUGGUGGGGCUGCUGGGCAUCGCCGCCCUCGAGGACCGGCUGCUCUGCGUCGAGGGCCAGAAGGACGGCAACUUCAAGCGCUCCGGCCUGCGGAAGCUGGAGUUCGACCCCUACACGCCCGAGAUGCGCGCGGCCAUCGGCGGCUACAUCAAGACGGUGGACGCGGCGCUGAAGCUGCGCAACCUGUCCGGGGUCCCGGACGACUACUACCCGAGGUGACGGCGGCGCCGGGGGCACGCUCGCGCCCCGGCCCGGGGCCGGGGGGUGGGGGGGGGGGGCUCGCUCCCGCGCCG